AUGGCUCCCAUCGCAAAGACCGUAUGCGUGGCGCUUGCCGCCAUCGCCCUCGCCGCCACGGGCACCCAGCCCGCCCAGGCCCACCAGCUUCACUCGCGCCACGCCGCUGCUGGUAGCAACGUCUACCACAACCUUCACUCUCACUCUCGCCGCAUGGAGCGAAAGAUCCGUCGAAACGACUCCUUCUCCAUCUCGGGCUCCGGCAGCCUCUCGGGCGCCGCUGCCGUCGACGGCGCUUACUCCUCCGCCUCCAUCUCGGGCUCGGGCUCCAUCUCUGGCUCGGCCUCUGACUCGGGCUCGCAGUCCAGCGCCCAAUCCCAGUCCGACUCUGGUGCUGCUUCGGCUGCCAAGUCGGGUACCGACUCGGGAGCUCAGUCCAGCGCCCAGUCCAGCGCUCAGUCCAGUUCGGAGGCUAGCUCGGAGGCUAGCUCGCAGGCUAGCUCGCAGGCCAGCUCCGAAUCGAGCGCUCACUCGAGCUCUCAGUCUGAUGCCAACUCGAGCUCGUCCAGCAGCUCGUCCAACUCGUCCAGCCAGUCGAGCUCCCAGGCCAGCUCCCACUCCAGCUCCGAGUCGAGCGCCUCCUCCAACUCUGGUUCCAGCUCGGGCUCUAGCUCCAACUCGGGCUCUGGCUCUGGCUCUAACUCUGGCUCUUCCUCCGGUUCCAACUCGGGCUCCUCGUCCGGUGCCGUCUCUGGCUCGAGCUCCGGCAGCUCUUCGAACGCUGGUGCGUCUUCGUCUGCUGGUGCCAACGCCGGCUCUUCGUCGUCUGGCUCUUCGGACGCCAACGCUGGCGACGAUGACUGCGACGAGGAUGAUGACGCUGACACUACUGCCGACGACGAUUGCGACGAAGACGAGACGUCUGGCUCUGGUUCGGAUGAGGCCGACGAGGACUGCGACGAUGAAGACAGCGGCAGCUCGUCCAAUGCAGCUGCUGCGGCCGCCGCUUCGUCUUCGUCUUCGGCUUCGUCGUCGUCCAACUCUGGCAGUGACAGCAGCAGCAACAACCAGCAGCAGCCCAAGGCGGCAUCUGCGACCUCGUCGAGCUCUGCUGCGCCCACUGCCACUCCUCAAGCUCAGCACGACCAGAACAGCAACAAGGCCAGCUCGUCGUCGUCGGCUCCUGCCUCUUCGACGUCUGCGUCGGGUGCCGUGGCCUCUGCGGCUGCAUCUGCUUCGUCGUCGGCCAGCAGCCUCGCCAACGCUGUCAGCGGUGGGUUUGCGACCUUCUUCUACCAGAACGGAAACGCGGGCGCUUGUGGCAACCGCAACUCGGACUCGUCGGCUGUUGCGGCGCUGCAGUCGCAGACGUACGCUGGUGGUGCUCACUGCGGUAAGCAGAUCAAGAUCUUCCGCGCCGACAACCCCAGCAGGUCGGUGCUCGUCACCGUGGCCGACGAGUGCCCCAGCUGCGUGAACAGCGAGUCGAUCGAUCUCUCGGUCGGUGCCUUCACCCAAAUUGCCUCCGAGUCCGAGGGCAUGGUCGGCAUCAAGUGGGAGUGGGCCUAA